AUGCGUGUGCAAGUCUUGGUCCUCUCUCACCCACAACCCUUCUUUGUCACUGCCCAUCAAAACUUGGGCUGCAACAAGCACACUCACCUCCUCCUCUCUGCCUUGGACAAAUCCACAAGGCAGCAACACUUCUUCACCUUACAAAUCAACCAACAAGGAAGCCUAACACCCUCCACCCACAUUCUAAGCCUUCCAAUGCCUCGAACCAAGAACGAACGCUCUACCUUGCGCAGAGUAUCAACGGCUUGUCCUCUUACAAAUGAGUAUAAGGUUCUCCAAGUGCAAAAGUUUGUCCCUACCUUGAGGGGUAACCAUUUUAUGUUCAAGAUAUUCAAACUGGGGACAAGUUCAUGGAGGAACAUCGAGGUAGACCUUAAUGAUCUCCCUUCUGGUCCUCUUAAGUGCCCGUUUGAUUUGCGAAGCGUGUGCGUUAAUGGGGUCAUACAUUGGUUGCAUGCGACACAAAAUGUUAUAUUGGUUUUUGACAUUGUUGAAGAGAAAUUCAGAGCAAUCCCACUCCCUAAAGAUUAUAAUUGUUUUCUGCAUUUGGUUAGUUAUAUAAUUGGAGUGGAUGGAUGUUUGGUUCUAGUAGGUGAUGAGCAGUUGAUGGGACAGGAACUGAUGGGGCUGUGGGUUUUUAGGGACUACCAAAACCAGCUGUGGCUUAAGGAGGCCAUCACUCUUCCCUUUGUUUGGAGGGAGGUAGGGUACCCUGUUCCUUGUUGUACCAUUCACACAGGUGAGCUCCUCUUCCAGUCUUCAGGGUUAAGCAGGCAUCACCCUGCCUAUAUGAGGGAGCAUUUAUACAACAUGAAGACUGCAAAUUUUAGGGCAAUUGAUGAAAUUGUUUUGCCCCCCGGAUCGACAUUUCUGAAGGAUAAUGCAUUGAAGUUACUUGCUACUUAUGAGGAUACCAUUGUGCCCUUAAGAAGAGAGUUAUGA